AUGGCUUGCACACAGAUGAACUGCUCCAAGAACGGGACAACCUCCGCUGCUGACCUGACAGAUGACCUUAUCAUCGAGAUUCUGUCCCUGCUGCCCGUCAAGUCAGUGUGCCGAUUCAAGUGUGUCUCCUGGCUCUGUUACCUCCUCAUCUCCCAACACCGCAAAAGGCUGCCCCAGACCAUCUCCGGCUUCUUCUACCCCAAGCACAGAUACAACAAUGAGGAUGGUUUGAUAGGAUUUCCCACUUUUAAUGGUAUUUUGAGGGACCAAGAGCAGCUAUUCCCUGAUUCCUCGUUGCCCUUCUUGACGGGAUACAGGCAGAUUUUGCCAAAGGACUGCUGCAAUGGCCUUAUUUUCUGCUUCUGCUGGAAAGACUCCCCAAUACACGAAGCUGAUUAUGUGGUAUGUAAUCCUGCCACUGAGGAAUGGGUAGUCCUGCCUGAUGCUGGCCAUAAAAGCGAUGCAUUGGCGUACCGUUUGGGUUUCGAUGGAGCCGUGUCACCCCACUUCCAUGUGUUCCAGAUCCUAGAGGGUGAUGAGGACUAUGGAUAUAUCUCAGGUGUUAAUAUCUACUCAUCAGAGACAGGAGCCUGGAGUUACAAGGAAAAUGGUUGGGGCAACAAUGAGAUUCAGAUAGUUGAGAUGAGAGGUGUCUUUUUCAAUGGAAUGAUGCACUUGCUCACAUGUGAGUUUAAGAUACUAGCAGUUGACACGGAGGGUAAGACGUGGAGGACCAUUUCUUUGCUGGAAACUAUGUGUGUUGAAAACAUAAAUUUAGGCCCUCUUGCUUUUAUUGGUCAAUCUCAAGGGCGAUUGUAUUUUAUAAAUAUGAGAGACAAUGAUAGCUCCAAAUUAUCAGUCUGGAUUCUCGAGGACUAUAACAGUAAUGAAUGGAUCUUUAAGUACAACAUCAGCACUUCACAACUUUUUGGGGAGCUUUCUGGGGAGAAGGAUCACAUGUUACAACGGGACUAUGCUGAUCUCAUGUUCCAAAGGGACUAUGCUUUGAUCGCAAUCCAUCCUGAAUGCAAUUUGAUAUUCUUUGUUUGGAGGUGCAAGGAUGUGCUACUGUCAUAUGACAUGCACCGUGACCAAGAGUGGAAGCAUGACUCCAGGGUGGAGGCUGACAGUUGUUACCGACAAUUAUAUGGAGUCUUUUACAAGUGUUGGACCUCCGGUUAUCAGAACCAAACCAUAGGAUUACAGCUUUGGUAUAGCUCUCUAAUAACUUUUCUUGUUCCCUCUGCAGUUUUUGCUUUUGCUAUUAUUUAG